UUAACGUUCAUCUCCAACUGUGUUGUCUUUCAUUCCAGCGAUGUGCCGUAUUCUUCGUUAGAAGUUUCUUACGACCCAAUAUACAACACAGUAGUCGUUCCAGGUGCGAUGCUUGAACCACCUCUUUACACGGACGGCCUCAGCCCUGCACUGAACUUCGGGUCACUGGGAUUUCUCAUUGCUUCGAAGAUGAUGAGCUCCCUAAUAUUCGAAGGUCGCUGCUUCGACCAGAACGGCACGUAUAUGUGCUGGUGGGACUCGUCCACGAUACGAAAUUACAGCGACACUGUGGAACGCUGCUACAACAGCCUCUUCAAGCCCGUCAACAAGACGGAAAUCAACACGUUCCGAAAGGAAGUGGUCACGAGCAUGGCAGCCGUGGGCCUCGCCUAUAAGGGCUUCCGUCUGUUCAUGCGCAAGUUCGAGGAAGAAUUCGAGCACAGCAGUCUCAAGAAUCUGGAUCUCACGCAAAACCAACUGUUCUUCAUCUCAUUCGCAAUGACGUGGUGCGAAAGCGUGCCCACCCAGCUGCGAGACAUUGUCAAUCUUGUGACGUCACAGCCGGAUCCGCAAUACAGGGUGGAAACAGCACUCGCCCACUUUGACAAGUUCGGAAAGUACUUUGCGUGCAACGACAACCUCGCCAUUUACCAAGACAAGAAGUGCAGCAUCAUAUGAGUUGUCGGGGCAUUUCACUUGUUCACCUACUGCACAUAUUGUUAGAUUGAAAAAAAGGGAUAACAGUAAAGUGGCGGAGAAAAGCGAGAAUAAUCAUAAUAAUCAUACACGUUUUGUCCUCAAAACACCCAGAACCAAGCAAUCUUGAUUUUGUUGGUUUCGUUGAUAGUCACAAUAUCUCUCUGACACGGGCGUCAUGACGAAAAUAAAGCCGUACCGAUCCGCACCGACCUGAAUCUCUAGCUACAAAUGGUUUAUCUAGUUUUGUUUUUCCACGUCAACUUGAAAUUAUGAAUCUUAACAAAUGGUUCCACUUGGCCGA